AUGGAUACUCAUAGAAUAGGUCGUACGCCCUCGCCGGGUCACCCUCUUCAGCACGGGUAUCAGCUCGACGAUGUACCUUAUGGUAAUCACCCUGCACCUGCAAGUAAUCUUGAUAUACCUGCUGGCCCAGGAAGAUUUACCCCGAGCGAUCGUCUCCCGUUAAAUGCUGCGCACUCUAUGGAUAGCCUCUCUCAAGGCCCCUAUGGACAUAGUCAGGGCGGGUACCCUUCCGAAUUCUCUGUCAAUCCCGAACAGCACCAUGAAGCUUAUUAUAACCAACCUUAUGAGCCGCCUUCUUCCACGACACCUUUCGCCGAUCAGCAUGGAUACGAUUAUGAUGACCAGCACCCAAUGCUAGCCCAGAACGAUCCUUACGCGCAGGCUCAACCGCAAGAGCCAUAUGUCGAUGACCCAAAUCGCCAACAGCAGCAGGGUGCAGGGAUCAAGAGGUGGAAGACGGUGAAACAGGUGCUCCUAUACCGUGGUAACUUGGUUCUUGAUUGCCCAGUACCCCCUCGACUACUGAGUCAACUUCCCCAUGGGGAGCGUGACGAAUUUACCCAUAUGCGAUACUCCGCUGCUACUUGCGACCCGAAUGAUUUCUAUAAUGAAAAUUUCACUUUGCGCCAGAAGCUCUUCAGCAAACCGCGACACACUGAGCUUUUUAUCGUCGUUACUAUGUACAAUGAAGACGAUAUUCUCUUUGCCCGGACUAUGAUUGGUGUUUUGAAGAACGUCGAGUACAUGUGUAGCCGGAAAGAAAGCAAGACGUGGGGUCCAGACGCUUGGAAGAAGAUCGUGGUAUGCGUGGUGAGUGACGGACGUGCCAAGAUCAAUCCGCGGACGAGGGCGCUUCUUUCCGGUAUGGGUGUAUAUCAAGAGGGUAUUGCCAAGCAGCAAGUUAACGGGAAAGAUGUCACUGCGCAUAUCUACGAGUACACAACGCAAGUUGGGAUGCAAAUCAAGAACGACGUGGUGCAACUCAUCCCCAAGAAGCAGCCCGUACAAAUGCUUUUCUGCUUGAAGGAGAAAAAUCAGAAGAAAAUCAACUCCCACCGAUGGUUCUUCCAGGCAUUUGGCCGUGUUUUGGACCCCAACAUUUGCGUACUAAUUGAUGCGGGUACUAAGCCAGGUGGAAAUUCUAUUUACCACCUCUGGAAGGCGUUCGAUCUGGAGCCUAUGUGUGCCGGCGCUUGCGGUGAGAUCAAAGCAAUGUUGGGUAGAGGUGGAAAGGAAUUGAUUAACCCUCUCGUUGCGACCCAGAAUUUCGAGUACAAGAUGAGCAAUAUCCUUGAUAAACCUCUGGAAUCAGCAUUCGGCUUUAUCUCCGUUUUGCCCGGUGCCUUCUCGGCAUAUCGAUACGUUGCUUUGCAAAACGACAAGAACGGUCUGGGACCGUUGGAAAAAUACUUCAAGGGCGAAACGCUCCAUGGUGCUGGUGCUGGUGUUUUCACCGCCAACAUGUAUCUAGCCGAAGAUCGUAUUCUCUGCUUCGAACUUGUUACCAAGCGUAACUGCCACUGGAUCCUGCAAUAUGUGAAAUCGGCAACAGGAGAAACGGAUGUCCCCGACACUGUGACCGAGCUCAUUCUACAGCGUCGACGAUGGCUGAACGGCUCCUUCUUCGCUGCCAUUUACGCCAUUGCACACUUCUACCAGUUUUUCCGUUCGGACCACUCCAUUCUCCGCAAGCUAAUGUUCUUCCUGGAGUUCGUCUUCCAGACCUUCAACAUGAUAUUCGCCUGGUUUGCUAUUGGAAAUUUCUUCCUAGUUUUCAAGAUAUUAACGACAAGUCUUGGAGAUAAUAAACUGCUAGGCCAAGUCGGCGAGAUUCUUGGCGUCGUUUUCGAAUGGUUCUACGGUAUCUCAUUGAUGGCCUGCUUCGUUCUCUCUAUGGGUAAUCGCCCGUCGGGUUCCGGUAAGCUGUACACCGCCAUGGUUAUCUUCUGGUGUGUGAUCAUGAUAUACCUAACCUUUGCGGCUGUUUACAUCACCGUAAUUGCGGUUCAAAGCGAAGUGCAGAAGAGUGCCGAAGAUAAUAAGGGGUUUGACAUCAGCGAUAUAUUCAAGAAUAAGGUUUUCUAUUCACUCAUCGUAUCUAUGAUGUCGACUUAUGGGCUUUGGCUUAUUGCCUCGAUCAUGAUGUUCGACCCGUGGCACAUGAUUACUUCAUUUAUACAGUACCUACUAUUAACGCCGACCUACGUUAACGUUCUUAACGUCUAUGCGUUCUGCAAUACGCACGAUAUAUCAUGGGGUACUAAGGGAGACGACAAGGCUGAAGAACUUCCUACAGUUGACACUAAGGACGGUAAGGGUAAGACCGACCUGCCUGAUGAAGGAGACUUGAACGCCCAGUACGAGAGAGAAUUGGCGGUAUUUGGCAAGAAACAGGUGGUUGUUCAGAAGCCCCCCAGUGACGCUCAAAAGGCUGAGGCUCAAAUGGAUUACUACCGCUGGAUCCGUUCAUUGGUCGUCCUUAUCUGGAUGAUUACGAACUUCGGUCUCGUGGCUCUAGUUCUCAGCACUGCUGGUCUCGAAAGGCUCAGCCCCCAGCAGGAAGAGGAAAAUCAAAACCAACGCUCAACGUUAUAUAUGACAAUUAUCCUAUGGAGUGUUGCGGGUCUCUCUGCUUUCAAAUUCAUCGGCGCCGUUUGGUUUCUCAUCGUCCGCAUGUUCAGGGGUGUUUAG